AUGGGGGCAACCAUGUCGAAGAACGCUACUUUCAGGUCUCAGUCGCCAUACGAAGCUCUCCCAUUAUCGCACGGAGAGAUACGCGUUCUUGAAGUCGCGCCUAGCCGCGGCCGCGGCAUCGUCAAGUGUACGAUGAAACGCAUCUCGCUCAUCAACAAUCCUGUGCCAAUUUAUGAAACCAUCUCAUACUGCUGGGGGCCUCUUCGAGCUCAGUCUACCAUGAGGCUUAACGGACAUCGGAUACGCGUGCCAGCAAGCUCAGAGGCCGCUGUUAGGCGCAUGCGACUCAGCGACCGACCGCGAGUACUUUGGAUCGAUGCCAUAUGUAUCGAUCAGUCAUCGACGACAGAACGCAGUGCACAAGUAGCUUUCAUGGCGACUGUAUACAGCACCGCAAAGCACAACCUCAUUUACCUUGGCGAAGAUGACGACGACAUGGCUGAUAGAGGUAUGGAGGCUCUCCAGGACGUUGUGAACGACAUGCGUGCCGUGACUGCAGACUUCACCCAAUUAUUGCAAACCAUCUUCAAUCACGAAACGGGCGCCAGAUUAUACUCGAAUGAACCGUUCAACACGAGUGUUGACUUCGUCGCUCUUGAAGCUCUAUUCGGUCACCUUUGGUUCAGGUAA